GAGAGAGGGGAGGAAGGGCACCCAGGUGAAGGAAGGGCUGACCUGCCGUGGAACAAGGAUGAAGGUGGUGGUCUGGUGUUGUGGGUCAUGCUCUGCCGGGAUCUGAGUUGUUCUUUUUGGCUGGAGACCCCGUUGCUUUGCCCCCUCGGAGGGGCUCUUUUCCUGGAAAAGCUGGGAAAAGCCAGGCGGGAGGAGCGGGAACCAUGAACCAGCAGCUGGAUCCUCCGCGGCCAAUCAACUGGACCAUCAGGAAACUGUGCGCCGCAGCCUUCCUACCAUCCGUACGCCUGCUCAAGGCACAGAAAUCGUGGAUAGAAAGAGCCUUCAGCAAGAGAGAAUGUGUUCAUAUCAUAGUGAGCGCCAAAGACCCCCAUAGGUGCUUCUGCGGCCGUCUGAUUGGUCAGCACGUUGGCCUGCCCCCCGGCAUCUCCUCCAGUCAGAACGAUAAGGCGGAGCGUCUGGUUAAGAAUGACAGCCUAUCGGAGAAAUGGUCUAUCAGCAAACACACCCAGCUCAGCCCCACCGACGCCUUCGGAACCAUCGAGUUCCAGGGAGGGGGCCACUCUAACAAAGCCAUGUAUGUGCGUGUGUCCUAUGACACCAAACCAGAACUCCUGCUGCACCUUAUGACUAAGGAGUGGCAGCUGGACCUUCCCAAGCUGCUCAUCUCAGUGCAUGGGGGCCUGCAGAACUUUGAGCUGCAGCCCAAACUCAAACAGGUCUUUGGCAAGGGCCUCAUCAAGGCUGCCAUGACAACGGGAGCCUGGAUCUUCACUGGCGGGGUCAACACAGGGGUGAUCCGGCAUGUGGGUGAUGCGCUGAAGGACCAUGCCUCUAAAUCCCGGGGGAAGAUCUGCACUAUCGGCAUUGCCCCCUGGGGCAUUGUGGAGAACCAGGAGGACCUGGUGGGAAAAGAUGUGGUCCGACCGUAUCAGACCAUGUCCAACCCGCUGAGCAAGCUGACUGUGCUCAACAGCCUGCACUCCCAUUUCAUCCUGGCCGAUAAUGGGACAACAGGGAAGUACGGUGCAGAGGUCAGACUGCGUAGACAGCUCGAGAAACACAUCUCCUUGCAGAAAAUCAACACACGUAUUGGUCAGGGAGUGCCAGUGGUGGCUCUGAUAGUGGAGGGGGGUCCUAAUGUGAUCUCCAUCGUGUUAGAGUACCUAAGGGACACGCCACCUGUGCCCGUGGUGGUGUGUGAUGGGAGCGGGCGUGCUUCGGACAUCCUGGCAUUUGGACACAAGUACUCUGAGGAGGGAGGGAUCAUAAAUGAGUCUCUGAGGGACCAGUUGCUGGUGACCAUCCAGAAGACCUUCACGUACAGCCGGACCCAGGCCCAGCACCUCUUCAUCAUCCUCAUGGAAUGCAUGAAGAAGAAGGAGCUGAUAACCGUUUUUCGGAUGGGGUCUGAGGGACACCAGGACAUUGACCUGGCCAUUCUCACUGCUCUUCUAAAAGGUGCCAACGCAUCGGCUCCUGACCAGCUCAGCCUGGCCCUGGCGUGGAACCGAGUGGACAUUGCCCGCAGCCAGAUCUUCAUCUAUGGACAGCAGUGGCCUGUGGGUUCUCUGGAGCAGUCUAUGUUGGAUGCCCUGGUGCUGGACAGAGUGGACUUCGUAAAGCUGCUGAUCGAGAACGGAGUGAGCAUGCAUCGCUUCCUCACCCUCUCCAGACUGGAGGAGCUCUACAACACGAGGCAUGGACCAUCCAACACACUACACCACCUGGUCAGAGAUGUCAAAAAGGGUAACCUGCCACCAGACUACCGCAUUAGUCUCAUUGACAUCGGAUUGGUCAUUGAGUACUUGAUGGGCGGAGCUUACAGAUGCAACUACACCAGGAAGAGGUUUAGAACUCUGUAUCAUAACCUCUUUGGACCCAAAAGACCCAAAGCCCUGAAACUGCUGGGGAUGGAGGAUGACAUGCCGAUCCGGAGGAGUCGCCAGAAGACUACACGUAAGCGGGAGGAGGAGGUGGACAUUGACCUGGACGACCCUGAGAUCAACCAUUUCCCCUUCCCCUUCCACGAGCUGAUGGUGUGGGCCGUGCUGAUGAAGAGACAGAAGAUGGCGCUGUUCUUCUGGCAGCACGGGGAGGAGGCCAUGGCCAAAGCCCUGGUGGCCUGUAAGCUGUGCAAGGCCAUGGCCCACGAGGCCUCCGAGAACGACAUGGUGGACGACAUCUCACAGGAGCUGAACCACAACUCCAGAGAGUUUGGACAGUUGGCUGUGGAGCUGCUGGACCAGUCAUACAAGCAGGACGAGCAGAUGGCCAUGAAGUUGCUGACCUAUGAGCUGAAGAACUGGAGUAAUGCCACCUGCCUGCAGCUGGCCGUGGCCGCCAAGCACCGUGACUUCAUCGCCCACACCUGCAGCCAGAUGCUGCUCACUGACAUGUGGAUGGGACGCCUGCGCAUGCGCAAGAACUCUGGGCUGAAGGUGAUCUUGGGCCUGCUGCUGCCUCCGUCCAUCCUGAGUCUGGAGUUUAAGAACAAGGAUGAGAUGUCGUACAUGCCUCAGGACCAGGACACCUACCUGCAGGAGAAGGAGGAGGAAGAGCCCGAGCCCGCCAAAGAAAAGGAGGAAGAGGACAUGGAGUUCACAGUAAGAUCCUACUGUGAGACGCAGUACAACUCCGUGGCCAUGCUGGGUAAGGUAAGCACGGAGGCGUCUCGUAAGAAGGGUGUGGGGGAGGUCCAGAAUAGACACCGGCUCAUCCCCAUGGGCCGGAAGAUCUACGAGUUCUACAACGCCCCCAUCGUCAAGUUCUGGUUUCACACAAUGGCCUAUGUGGCGUAUCUGAUGCUGUUUAACUAUAUUGUGCUGGUGAAGAUGGACCUGUGGCCCUCACCGCAGGAGUGGAUUGUCAUCGCUUACAUCUUCACCAAUGGCAUCGAGAAGAUGAGAGAGAUUCUGAUGUCGGAGCCAGGGAAGCUGUUGCAGAAGGUGAAGGUGUGGCUCCAGGAGUACUGGAACAUCACGGACCUCAUGGCCAUACUCAUUUUCUCCGUGGGCAUGGUUCUCCGUCUCCAGGAGCCGCCAUUCAUGAGCUACGGAAGGGUCAUCUACUGCGUUAACAUUAUCUAUUGGUACAUCCGGCUGCUCGACAUCUUUGGCGUCAACAAGUACCUGGGCCCAUAUGUCAUGAUGAUCGGCAAGAUGAUGAUUGACAUGAUGUACUUUGUGAUAAUCAUGCUGGUGGUGUUGAUGAGUUUUGGGGUGGCUCGGCAGGCCAUCCUGAACCCCAAUGAGGACCCGUCCUGGAUGCUGGCUCGGAACAUAUUCUUCAUGCCCUACUGGAUGAUCUAUGGAGAGGUGUUCGCCGACCAGAUCGACCCUCCGUGUGGCCAGAAUAUCACCGCGGACGACGGGCAUGUUGUGAUUCUGCCGCCAUGUAAGACGGGAGCCUGGAUCGUUCCUGCCAUCAUGGCCUGCUACUUGCUGGUGGCCAACAUCCUGCUGGUCAACCUACUCAUAGCUGUCUUCAACAACACCUUCUUUGAGGUGAAGUCCAUCUCCAACCAGGUGUGGAAGUUCCAGAGAUACCAGCUCAUCAUGACCUUCUACGAGCGGCCCAUCCUCCCCCCUCCCCUCAUCAUCUUCAGUCACAUGACCAUGGUCCUCAAGCACCUGUGCUGUCGCUGGCGGAAGCACGACGAUGAAGAGAGAGAUUAUGGCCUUAAGCUCUUCAUCACUGAAGACGAGCUGAAGAAAGUUCAUGACUUUGAGGAGCAGUGCAUUGAGGAGUACUUCCGUGAGAAAGAUGACCGCUUCAACUCUUCGAAUGACGAGAGGAUCCGAGUGACGUCAGAGAGAGUGGAGAAUAUGGCUAUGCGUCUGGAGGAGGUGAAUGAGAGAGAACAUUUCAUGAAGGCAUCUCUACAGACCGUGGACAUCCGUCUGGCCCAGAUGGAGGAGCUGAUUGGUCGGAUUGCUGUGGCUCUGGAGCGAGUCACGGGAGUGGAGCAGGGAGAGGUCAACAAGGCCCGCUCUCGCACCUCCUCCGACUGCACAGACUCAGCCUACGUGCUGCGUCAGGGUGAGUGCCCAGAUGCAGCAUACUUUUUGCGCCAGAGCAGCUUCAACAGCCAAGAGGGGAACUCCUACCGACUCAAUGAAGGUGCAGAGGGCUCCAUGUCACCGCCCUCCCCCACCAGUCUGGCCAUGCGCACACGCAGCCACUCUUUCUACGUGGGGGGAGGUCGUGAGCGAGCAGGAGCCGACCGGGCUCACCGUUUCCUCAAGGAGCACUCCUUCAGCCUGCAACGAGCCAAUAGUUCACAGUCGGUGGCCUUGUGCUCUGCCCCCAAGGAGUCUAAGCCCCUCCCACUGGCCACGCUGUCCGUCUCCCAGCAGCACCGCCCCUCUUCCUGCGUAGACAUCUUUGUGUCGGCAUCCGAGGAGGAGGGGCCAGCCAAGGUCUUCUUCGACCCACUGAGGAUGGCCCCUCCCCUCGGGCCUGACUCCUCGCUCCACUCUGAGAUUAUGGAGGCGGUGCUGUCGAGCGGGAGGGACUAUGGUGGAGGUAGCGGGUUGGGCGACAGACACUCUGAGGGUGGGGCUGUGUACGAGGACAGCGUGGCUGCAGACCUGUCACUAUGCUCUGCCAACCUGCUCCCAGAUAACACUGUGCCGCUCUGGGAACUGGACCCCUCUCCUCCACCAUCAGCGGGCCUGCUGGAGCGCUCCAAAAGCAGCCGCUACCUGUCCACUGGCGGCGGGGGCUACCUGGAAGAGCCUCAACUGGUCAAGUCUCACAGCCUCAUGUUCACACCGCGAGGGUGCUAUGGAGGCCUAGGGGCAGGAGUUCAGGUCAAAGCAGCUGAGUACACCAGCAUCACCGACUGCAUAGACACCAGGUGUGUCUCUGCCCCUUACUCCACCGACGACUGUUGCCACUCCCCUGGAGGCUCCACCUCAUUCCCCUUUGACAAGCCCCCUGACAUGAGCUCCUCCCACCCAGAGCGCGAGGCCGAGCUCAGCCACACAGAGUCAGAAUCUGAAGACCUAGAGGAAAUGGCCCCUGCCCCCGAGCCCCGUCGCACAGGGAGUGGCUUAGGAGGGGCGAGUGGAACCCCCUUCUGCUCGCCCUUCUCCAGGCUGGAACGAGCCAACAGCUGUUCCUCAGACGACUCCUCCCACCCAUCCUUGGCACCUCCUCCCCACAGAAAAAGCCUGUCGGUCAGUGAGAGGAUGGAGAGGGGUGCAGACCAUGGGGUUCUGGGGGAACCCAGGAACCCCUUCCUGAGGAGCAAGUCUGCGGCGCGGCCUGACGCCAAGACAGACAGCCUCUCCAUGAGGAAGCUGACCACCCCCUCUGCGUUCCGCAGCUUCAACAGCAGACACAACUACACGUGACAAUUAUGAAGGGAACAACAAUGGGACAGGGCACAUUCUGUUAUACAGGACCAUAGGGCUGGCUGGGGGGAAAGCAAGGUCUAUGGGGAGGGAACCUACCAGUCUUAAACAAAGUGCUAUGAAGCUAGGGUAGUUCUUACCUCCUCCUCAAGCUGACUCUCAUUGCGUGUUUGGUAAUGGAGGCUAUGUACCGUGUCUGUCUACCAUUUUUUUUGUCAAGUCAACACACUAAUGCGUCACAUGUCACAGAACACUAGUCUAGUCCACAUAGAAAGUAUAGAGAAAAAAAGUCUACUAAUAACAGGUUAGUCAGAGUCUUUAGAAAAUGAUCAACUUGACCACCUGACAAUAUAUGACUGUACGUCAGUAUUGCCAAAUUUCCUCAGGUUCUCCUUAUUUUCUCUUUGCCCUUAAACCGCCCAUACCCAUGGAUAUGACUCUUUGCUUUUGUGCUUCCACCACAGACAUAGCACUGCAUUCUACUGUAACUGCAUGCUACAACAGCAGCAUAAUUUGUAACCUAGUCUCCAGGGUAAUUGUAAGUAUCGCAUAUAAGCCUGAAAUUUUGAAAAAUAGUCAUGGCUCCGAAAUAAAAAAAACUUGUGGAGAGCUGAGGUGUUCAGAGAGAGGUGAUUGAUUUGAAAUAAAGCCAAUGGCUAUGGGUCAGGACUUUUUCCUGAUCGUUCUAUUGGGUUAAUGAAGGCCAUGUUGGAAGCUUUGGUCCACCAGACCAUCUGAACAUUAGGGGGAAGGGUCAGGUGAAUUAGAUUACAGCAGUAGUGACUGUAGUAGAACACACAUAGAGACCAGUCAAACGUUUUUUUUUAUAUUCUUUUUUAUUGAACCUUUAUUUAACUAGGCAAGUCAGUUAAGAACAAAUUCUUAUUUACAAUGACAGCCUACUGGGCAACAGUGGGUUAACUGCCUUGUUCAGCGGCAGAACGGCAGCUUUUUACCUUGUCAGCUAGGGGAUUCAAUCCAGCAACCUUUCGGUUACUGGCCCAGCACUCUAACCACUAGGCUACCUGCCACCCCAAACUGGUGGUGCAGGUUGAAUUUCUGGAUAUAAUAGGGCUCUAUUAUGUAUAAUGUAUGUCCCUGAUUUAAAGUCCAUGCACACUGACAGUCAGGUAGCAUUGACCUAACAGAGUUCCAGGGCACUAAAAUAUAUUACCUACAUGACCUCAGUAACAAGGAGGAUGGAAUAUUUAGUUAAAUGUAGACUCAUCGUAAGUGUCUAUCUAUUUACUUGCGUUGUCCAAUCCCCAGUCAAUCCCCAAUCCCCAGUCACGUGUUUUUGUCACUGUGGCCUACAGUGUAGAGGAGUAAACACGCACACACACAUAAUCAUACAUGCACUCAAGGUGUAUGGAAUGGGUGAAGGAAAUCCAAAACAAUUCCUCUCAUGUAACAGAUUGUUUGAUAGCACCAGCACCAUCCCAAUGUUAUAAGUAUUUCCCUUAGAUCGCCUUUUCUCAGUAAAAAAAACUCAGAACUGGACACAAGAGGGAGCUGUGACCCUAUUUGGAGAGUCCUUCAUCCUAAGCAGUAUGCCCACUAUGAAAUUGCAACACUUCAAAAUCAAAACGAUUAAAGUAGCCUUUUUAGCAACCAAACAUCAUACAUGACAUCAUACAUGACUGGUAAUAAUACCCAUUCCUUUCAUUUUUGUGGCAGCAGCAUUCUGUUGCUUGGGUCUGACAUCAGUCUCAAGUAUCCAGACAUUUUAAUCUCCUGUUCGGUAUGAAUAGUGAGCUUCAAGAUGAGAAGGCUGGAAAGCUAGACAGACACUAACAUUCUUACCGUCCUUCUUACCUUUUUUUUGCAGUCAUUCAUGAUUUCUUCUAUUCAAAUUGAAGCACCAGACUGACCAAUGUAAUCACCUAGAAUGGUCAACUUAAACCGGCAGAAAAUUGUCUGCAAAAAUGUGUAGGACUACAGAAUACUGUGUGUAUGAGUAGGCUAGAAGAGAAUGGUUAGAUAACUGAAUUCCACAAGAUGGAGUUAUUUGAAACAUUUGCAAAAGAGUCAGCUCUUUGAAUCGUAUGCAUUUUAUGAGAGAUAGAGACACCUUUCAAGUUAAUAUAAAAAAGAAAUGACAGAGAACCAGUGUUUUUUUUUUAAUCCCUUAAUUUAUUACAACGCAUAAUAAUCUGACUGGUGUGGAAUGCCUGUUACCACAUGUUUGUAAAGAUGGAACUAUAGAUGAGUAACAUUUACAUCACAGGUUCUCAAAAAAUAAGAUACAUUUGUGUUUUAUAUUUGAUCAGUAUUAAAUCACUUUAAUUAAAUUACAUUGCAAUUGUUUUGAUUGCUUAUAUUGACCUAUUUUAUUUGCUUACAAUGAAUAAUUGAAUGGCUGUUUGAAAUACGAACUGAUUAUUUAUACCUUCUCAGUGCUAUUUUGUCAAAUUUAAAGUAUGGAAUUAUUACAAGCUUUUAACAUGUAUAAAAGGUGUCACCUAUAAGCACUGAUGUAUUAUAUGGUUUACUUAAUAUAUCAUGUGAUUAAUUACUAUAUUGUACAUUGCAAUCACAAGUAUGGAAUCAUUUGUUUAUAUUGUAUGUUCUUGAGCAGCUGUCAAAGAGAAAGAAAAAUAUAUUUUUUAAUGUAAGUUGGAUAUUUUAAAGCAAUACUCCUCUAGAAGCGUUACCAAACUGAGGGUGCCUUUCAAGCAUGGAGUGGCUAUUUGAAAUACACAGUAAUUAAAACAUUUACAUGAAAUCUGCACAUUAAUUUUGUUUGUAACUUUUCUCGCGAAUCUAGUUACACAAUUAGGACCCAUGGUAUUCUUUUCCUGAAUUUCUUAACUGUGGGGAUAAUGCAGUCCAAGUGGUUACAGCGUUUAGUCACUGGAUAAAAACAUUGAUUUCAAUGUGCAAGACCUAGGAGACAGACCUAGGAGAUAGACCUAGGAGAUAGACCUAGGAGAUAGACCUAGGAGACAGACCUAGGAGACAGACCUAGGAGAUAGACCUAGGAGACAGACCUAGGAGAUAGACCUAGGAGAUAGACCUAGGAGAUAGACCUAGGAGACAGACCUAGGAGACAGACCUAGGAGAUAGACCUAGGAGAUAGACCUAGGAGACAGACCUAGGAGAUAGACCUAGGAGAUAGACCUAGGAGAUAGACCUAGGAGAUAGACCUAGGAGAUAAACCUAGGAGGUGACACUGGCACUCUUUGCCUUUUGAUAGUUUUUUUUGGAGGGGGGAGGGGGGGGCUGGCUGCUCUCUGUGUAUCUUCACUCUUGGUCUGAAUGUUUCAUUUGCCUUAUCAAUGUCCAAUAUUAUUGAAUGGGUAUUUUCACACGUUUCCUAAACUGCUUCUUUGUUUUGUAAGGAUGUAGAUGUGCAAGUGACACUCAGCAGAUGGAGGAAAUGUUGUAAAGUAAGGAAUAUUCCAAUCUCUCUUGAGCAGACAGGCCUCCGCUAAUCACUGUGCGUAUGCAUUCAACCCAAAUUCUCAUGGGACCUUAGAUCUAUAUUUUUUGUGUGUAAGGAAAUGUAAAAUGACCUCUCUCUUCAGUUGUGUUCCAUGAAACCCGACCCUCCCGCCCCUUUUGUGGACACAGGAGUCAAAGUUAAAACCAACUAAAACCAACAAUGAGCUUUAAUACAAUCACAAAGUGUGAAGAAUAUUCUGUUCAGCUUGUGCUUUUGUUCAAAACCAGUGUAAGAACAUCCAACAACUUUCAGGUGCAAGGUGCAUAUAGUCAUGAAAAGAAAACUGCACAAUGUUGGAUUCUCAUGUUGUUAGUUGUUGGUUCGGUUUUGUUUCACAAUACACGGGAUAGUUCACUUUUCACUAAAUGUUUCGUAAAUAAAUAAGCUAAAGUUUAAAAAAGUGAACAAACUGUUCAAAAGAUGUCUGAACACCAUUGAACACACUCGUUGAAGGAACAUUGCAUUGCAAUAGAAGAGUGAUAAGGUGAAGGUCUGGUUCCCCUUUGGGUUUUAGUCCAGGCACUGGUUUGGAUCCUGGGUCCUUUAAUUAACCUCAGUGAAUGGGCUCUUAGCACUCACGGGGACAAAAUAAGUAUUUUUGUUUUCCUCAUGGAAAGGGGGCAUGCAAGGACAAACAUGUCCAUAGCACUUCUAAAUCAUGUGUAAAUGCUCUGUAAAUGUUUGCUCUGUUGUACAAUACACUAAUAUAUCAAAUAAAAGGGAGAUCUACAGUAUGUACUGUACCAGUUAAAGGUUUGGACACACCUACUCAUCCAAGGUUUUUUUGUACAUUUUUACUAUUUUCUACAUUGUAGAACAAUAGUGAAGACAUCAAAACUAUGAAAUAACACGUAUGGGACUAAAAAAGUGUUAAACGAAUCUAAAUAGAUUUUAGAUUUUAGAUUCUUCAAGUAGCCAACCUUUGCCUUGAUGACAGCUUUGCACACUCUUGGCAUUCUCUCAACCAGCUUCACCUUGAAGGAGUUCCAACAUAUGCUGAGCAUUUGUUGGCUGCCUUUCCUUCACUCUGCGCUCCAACUCAUCUCAAACCAUCUCAAUUGGUUUGAGGUCGGAUGAUUGAGCUGUUCUUGCCAAAAUAUGGACUUGGUCUUAUACCAAAUAUGGUUAUCUUCUGUAUACCAACCCUACCUUGCCACAUCACAACUGAUUGGCACAAACGCAUUAAGGAAAUAAAUUCCACAAAUUAACCUAUAACACGGCACACCUGUUAAUUGAAAUGCAUUAAGGGAGAUUACCUCAUGAAGCUAGUUGAGAGAAUGUCAAUAGUGUACAUAGCUUUCAUCAAGUGAAAGGGUGGCUACUUUGAAGUAUCCAAAGUGUUAAAUAUAUUUUGAUUUGUAUAACACUGUUUUUGGUUACUACUGUACAUGAUUCCAUAUGUAACCUGGAAUGAGUAGGUAUGUCCAAACGUUUGACUGGUACUGUAUGUCUGAGGACACAUAUGACAGUAGCCUAAUACCGAGAAUUCUGCCAAUGCGAUCCAACGAAACCUAAUGUACAGUAUUUUCUCAAUAUUUUCCUAUACUGUAUCAUACAGUUUUGUGAAUGAUAGAUUGUGGUUAUAAUUCAAAGAGGUUUUCAUUUCCCCUCAGUCUGUUGGAGAGUAGGCUACUUGUAUCCUAAAGGGGCGUCCAAGCACAUUUCUGCAAUAAUGCUGAUAUUGUAGUUUUACUUGAGGGGACUUAUCUUCCGGCAGUCUCACUUUAUGUAGUGUCCUUUAAUGCAUGCAGUUCUUCCACUGAUUAUGUACAGAAAUACAUUGUGAAAUUUAUAUGAGAGAGAGAGAUUUUAAAUGACCUCACGGUAGUGAUUAUUUGGAUGCAAAUGCAAAUCUGUAUUCUUCAAUAUGAAUAGGAUCAUGUCUGGCAUGCAUGAUUAAAUAAAGAAAUUAAUACAUAAA